AUUACCACAGCUGCAGCUACAACUACAACAGAGGCUUCAACAACAACCACAGCUGACCCUACAACUACCACAGAGUCUCCAACAGCGACAACAGCCGCUCCUGCUACCACCACACCUAACCCAACAACUACAACAGAAGCUCCAACAACAUCCAACGAUUCUCCCACUACAACCACAGCUGCACCUAGAACUAUCACAGAGGCUCUAACAACAACCACAGCCGCUCCCACUACAACCACAGCUAACCCAACAACUACAACCGAGGCUCCAACAACAACAGCUUCUCCCACUACAACCACAGCUGCGCUUACAACUACCACGGAGGUUCCAACAACAAUCCCAGCUUCUCCUACUACAACAAAAGUUGCAUCCGCAACUACAAGAGAGGCUCCUACAACAACCACAGCUGCCCCUACAACUACCACAGAGUCUCCAACAACGACAACAGCCGCUCCUACUACCACAACACCUAACCCAACAACUACAACAGAAGCUCUAACAACAUCCAACGCUUCUCCCACAACAAACACAGCUGCACCUAGAACUAUCACAGAGGCUCCAACAACAACCACAGCCGCUCCCACUACAACCACAGCUAACCCAACAACAACAACCGAGGCUCCAACAACAACAGCUUCUCCCACUACAACCACAGCUGCGCUUACAACUACCACAGAGGUUCCAACAACAACCCCAGCUUCUCCUAUAACAACCACAGUUGCAUCCGCAACUACAACAGAGGCUCCUACAACAACCACAGCUGCCCCUACAACUACCACAGAGUCUCCAACAACAACCACAGCCGCUCCUACUACCACCACAGCUGCCCAUAAAACUACCACGGAGGUUCCGACAACAACCACACCUGUUCCGACUACAACAACUACAGCUGCUCCCCCUACAACCACAGCUAACGCAACAAUUACCACAGAGGCUACAACAACAACAGCCGCUCCUACUACAACAUCAGCUGCACCUAUAAUAGCAACAAGGAAUCCAAAAACAACAGCCGCUCCUACUAGAACAUCAGCUGCACCUAUAAUAGCAACAGAGGCUCCAACUACAACCACAGCUUCUCCCACCACAACCACAGCUCCCCCUACAACUACCACAGAGAAUCCAACACUGCACUUAAAACUUCAACAGAAGCUCCCACUACAACCACAGCUGCACCUAAAACAACAACUGAGGCUCCAACAACAACAACAGCUGCUCCUACUACAACCACAAGAACCCAACCACAACGGCUGCUCCCGCUACGACCACAGCUGCUCCAACUACAACCAAAACUUCUCCCACUACGACCAAAGCUUUUCCAACUACAACCACAGCUCCCCCUACAACUACCACAGAAAAUCCAACAGCAACAAGAGCUUCUCCCACAACAACCAAAGCUGCUCCAACAACAACCACAGCUGCACCUAG